AUGGCGUGCAGCCUCAAGGACGAGCUGCUCUGCUCUAUCUGUCUGAGCAUCUACCAGGACCCGGUGAGCCUGGGCUGCGAGCACUACUUCUGCCGCCGCUGCAUCACCGAGCACUGGGUGAGGCAGGAGGCUCAGGGCGCCCGCGACUGCCCCGAGUGCCGGCGCACGUUUGCCGAGCCCGCGCUCGCGCCCAGCCUCAAGCUGGCCAACAUCGUGGAGCGCUACAGCGCCUUCCCGCUGGACGCCAUCCUCAGUGCACGCCGUGCCGCGCGACCCUGCCAGGCACACGACAAGGUCAAGCUCUUCUGCCUCACGGACCGCGCGCUGCUCUGCUUUUUCUGCGAUGAACCCGCGCUGCACGAGCAGCACCAGGUCACGGGCAUCGAUGACGCCUUCGAGGAGUUGCAGAGGGAGCUGAAGGAGCAGCUUCAGGCCCUUCAGGACAGUGAGCGGGAGCACACGGAGGCGCUGCAGCUCCUCAAGAGACAGCUGGCGGAGACCAAGUCUUCCACCAAAAGCCUGCGGACCACCAUUGGGGAGGUCUUUGAGCGGCUGCACCGGCUGCUGCGGGAACGGCAGAAGGCCAUGCUGGAGGAGCUAGAGGCAGACACGGCCCGCACACUGACUGACAUUGAGCAGAAAGUCCAGCGCUACAGCCAGCAGCUGCGCAAGGUGCAGGAGGGGGCCCAGAUCCUGCAGGAGCGGCUGGCUGAAACUGACCGACACACCUUCCUGGCCGGGGUGGCCUCGCUGUCUGAGCGGCUCAAAGGGAAAAUCCAUGAGACCAAUCUGACCUACGAAGACUUCCCAACCUCCAAGUACACAGGCCCCCUGCAGUACACCAUCUGGAAGUCCCUGUUCCAGGACAUCCACCCAGUGCCAGCCGCCCUGACCCUGGACCCGGGCACCGCCCACCAGCGCCUCAUCCUGUCCGACGACUGCACCAUCGUGGCCUACGGCAACCUGCACCCACAGCCGCUGCAGGACUCACCGAAGCGCUUCGAUGUGGAGGUGUCGGUGCUGGGCUCUGAGGCCUUCAGUGGCGGCGUCCACUACUGGGAGGUGGUGGUGGCGGAGAAGACCCAGUGGGUGAUCGGGCUGGCACACGAAGCCGCGAGCCGUAAGGGCAGCAUCCAGAUCCAGCCUAGCCGCGGCUUCUACUGCAUCGUCAUGCACGAUGGCAACCAGUACAGCGCCUGCACCGAGCCCUGGACGCGGCUCAAUGUCCGCGACAAGCUCGACAAGGUGGGCGUCUUCCUGGACUACGACCAAGGGCUGCUCAUCUUCUAUAACGCCGAUGACAUGUCUUGGCUGUACACCUUCCGCGAGAAGUUCCCCGGCAAGCUCUGCUCCUACUUCAGCCCCGGGCAGAGCCAUGCCAAUGGCAAGAACGUGCAGCCACUGCGGAUCAACACGGUCCGCAUCUAG